CUUUCACCUUCACAUUCAGUGGCCAACGAGGUGGCGUGCGACGUUCCUCUGCAGAUGUUAAUCUACUUCAACGUAUUUUAUUUCCCCUGCUGGUGGCUUUCCUCUGUCUGCAUGUUGGAAGUCAAGGUCACUAGAAGCCUGUCACUAUUAACUCUUCUCAAGUAUAGAUGAGCGGCACGACUGGUUAGAGUGUCAGCCUCACAGUUCUGAGGACCGGGGUUCAAUCCCCGGCCCCGCCUGUGUGGAGUUUGCAUGUGGGUUUUCUCCGGGUACUCCGGUUUCCUCCCAAAAACAUGCAUGAAUUGGAGACUCUAAAUUGCCCGUAGGCAUGACUGUGAGUGCGAAUGGUUGUUUGUUCCUAUGUGCCCUGCGAUUGGCUGGCAACCAGUUCAGGGUGUACCCCGACUCCUGCCCGAUGACAGCUGGGAUGGGCUCCAGCACGCCCGCGACCCUGUUUGCGUACCUCCCGGGAUACUACCAAGGGCUACUGAUCGCCGGAAUCGUACUCAUCACCCUCGGCGAACUUCUCCGACUCUACCUCGGAUACUUCGGAAACCUCGAGGAGAACGUGCCGGCGCUGUCUUCCUUCUGCGUGCUGACGUUCCUGUUCCAGCUGCCCGUGUUGCUGUUCCUGUUGACGGACGAGGACGCGGUCGUGCUCCCCCUGGAGCGCGCCGUCCACUUGCUGUUCGUGGGCACGCUGCUGGCCCAGAGCCUGGCCGCCGGGCUGGCCGUGCGCAGGAUGAGCCGGAAGCUGACGCUGCUCUUCCACCUGGGCCAGCUGGCCAAGGUGAGGCCCAGGUUCGGACACGCCGGCCUGGCGGCCUACCGCCGCGCCGUCGCGCCCGCGCGCGCGCGCGCCACCUGUCGCUGACGUGGACUUCAUUUCAUUUGACUGACGAGGUUACGAGUAUUUGCUUCACUUUACAACCCCGAUUCCAAUGAAGUCGGGGCGUUGUGUUAUCAACAGAAAUCCAAACAGAAUACAAUGAGUUGCCAAAUCUAUAUUGAAUUGAAUACACGACAAAAACUAGCUAUUUAACGUUCAAACUGAUCAACUUGAUGGUUUUUAGCAAAUAGUCAUUCAUUUUGAAUUUUAGGGCUGAAUGAGUACACUUGUCUUUGUAGUCUAUUCAAUUAAAUAUAGGUUGAACAUGAUUUGCAAAUCAUUGUAUUCUGUUUUGAUUUAUGUUUAACACAACGUCCCAACUUCAUUGGAAUUGGGGUCGUACUUUGAUUACGUUAGUUACUUGAUUUCAUGCCAUUUCAUUUGAUUUUUUUUUUAUCUUCUCAUUUCUAUUAGUUAUUAAGUUAUUUAUUGUACUUUUUGGGGGGUUGAUUAGUACGUUAUUUGACCUUUAUAAAAAAAAAUAUUUAUUUCAUCUUUUUUUAAAAUCUCAUUUUGUUUUUUCUUUUAUAUUUUUUUAAUGAAGUUAUUUAUUGUAUUUUUAGUUUAGUCUUUAUUGGUUGCUUAGUUUUUAAUUUUCUUGUAGUUUAGUCGUUUUAUUUUAUUUAAUGAUCUUCAAUGAUGAUUUAAUUAUUUUGAUUCAGUUAUUUUAUUAAGUUUUUAUUUGUACUCAUAUUUUAUUAAAUAAUUCGUUGUAUUUUUUAGAUUAGAUUUGUUUAUUAUUUUAUUACUUUGUAACUUAAUAAUUUUAUCCUGUUAUUUGAUUUGUAUUUUUAUUGGUUGAUUAGCAUUUUAUUAUAUUUUAUCUAGAUUUACUAUUUGUAUUAUUUUAUUUUAUGUUUAAUUUCAUUACAUUUGAUUAUUUUCUUACAUUUUGCUUUAUUUUAUUAUUUUGGUUGUUUCUUAGUUAGUUAUUCAGUUAAUUCAUUUGAUUUAACUUUAUUUUAUUACAUUUUAUAUGGUUGGUUGGAUAGUUAGUUAUAUUAAUAAUUUAAUGGAAUUAAAUAUGUUUAAUUGUAUUUGAUCAAACUUUUAAAGUCACAAUAUUUCUUUUAGAAAGUCAUAGCUUUUUAAGAAAAUGUCAUUUAAAGAGAAUAAAAUAAACCUCUUCGAGAUGUUCGAAAGUAUUGCAAUA